CGGCGGGGGGGGGGGGGCGGCGGCUAUGCAGCAUGGCCGAGCCGCCCGGCGCCCCGCACCGCACCACCGGUUCCACCUUGCUGCACCCGUUGAGCGGGUUGCUGGGUAUCCCGCUGGAUCAGAUCAAUUUUGUAGCCUGUCAACUGUUUGCACUUUUGGCUGCGUUUUGGUUUCGUAUUUACUUGGGUCCCAGUCAUGCCAGCUCUGCUGUUCGCCAUGCAUUUGCCACCCUCUUUGGAAUAUACUUUGCUGUCUUCUGCUUUGGGUGGUAUUCCAUUCAUCUUUUUGUCCUGGUGAUGAUGAACUAUGGCAUUAUGAAUAUGGCGAGUAUUCCCAACAUCCACAGGUACUCCUUUGUCGUAGCUAUGGGAUACCUCACGUUGUGCCACAUAAGCCGAAUAUACAUAUUUCAUUAUGGUAUUCUCACUACAGAUUUUUCCGGUCCGCUGAUGAUAAUUACACAGAAGAUCACAACACUUGCAUGCCAGUUACAUGAUGGAAUAGGACGACAAGCUGAGGAACUCACUGCUGAGCAAAAUCGGCUUGCUGUAAAGACAAGACCUUCUUUACUGGAGUAUUUAAGCUAUCUCCUCAAUUUUAUGAGCAUCAUAGCUGGGCCUUGCAGCAACUACAAGGAUUAUAUAGCCUUCAUUGAAGGGAGGCAUGUGCACAUGAAACUAUUAGAAGUGAACUGGAAGCAGAAGGGUUAUGACAGACUUCCUGAUCCUUCUCCAACUGGAGCAGUGAUGUACAAGCUGUGUAUCACACUAGUAUCUCUCAUUUUAUUCUUGACACUUACCAAGAACUUUCCUAUGGCAUAUAUUAUUGAUAAUGAAUUUCUUGAUAAAACACCCUUCUUGUCAAGACUUGGUUACCUGUAUGUUGUAACACAGGCAGCAAAACCAAAGUAUUACUUUGCAUGGACGUUAGCAGAUGCAGUCAACAAUGCAGCUGGCUAUGGAUUCAGUGGAGUUGAUGAGAGGGGCACUUUCCGCUGGGACCUGUUGUCCAAUUUAAAUAUCUGGAAUAUUGAGACUGCAACAAGUUUUAAAAUGUACAUUGAAAACUGGAACAUUCAGACAGCUGCCUGGCUAAAACGCGUCUGCUAUGACAGAGCUCCCUGGUACCCUACGGCUUUAACUUUUAUCCUGUCGGCCCUGUGGCACGGUAUCUAUCCUGGAUAUUAUUUUACGUUUCUCACUGGAAUCCUUAUCACACUCGCAGCCAGAGCAGUAAGAAACAGUUGCAGACAUUACUUCCUCUCAUCAGUGCCUCUCAAGAUAGCCUAUGACGUUAUUACCUGGGUUGUCACUCAACUGGCCGUGUGCUAUACUGUUGCACCGUUUGUUAUGCUGGCUGUUGAGCCCACGAUCAAGUUCUACAAGUCUAUGUAUUUUCACAUGCAUAUUCUAAGCAUCCUGGUGUUGCUUGUGUUACCAAUCAGACCUCAAGCCCACUCCAUAAGAAAGCCUCAGAAUCAGGCCAUGCCGAACUCUGUUAAAAGCAAAGACAAAUGAUGCCUCCAAAGAAAAUUGCCAAUAUUGGGAAAACAAACUGUCAUAUUGGAAACAAAGAAAGAAGAAGAAAAAUGGGUGGGAUGAGGGUUGAAGUACAAGAGAGGUGGCAUUUCUAUUGGUUGUCUUAAAAUCUUACUGGACAGGGCAGAAAAGAGCCUGAAUGACCGUAUUUCAAAUUAUUCCAGUUAUCGGAGAUUUUUACAGGCAACGUUUACAGGCUCAUGGGGCAUUUUGAUUUUUUUAAUAAAUAUUUUUAUGAAGUGUUUUUAUAUAUUUAAACUUUUUCACACAGAGAGGCAUUUUUUUCUCUUUUACAGAAAUAUACAACUAUUAAUCAAUAAAUAAUCUUGUGAUUAGAGGGACAGGAAGCAGCUAGUAUAGAGUUAGACCAGCUGCCUGAUAGCCUGGUGCUGUGGGCAGCUGGCAGGGGAAGCUUUUCAUCUCUUGGCUACGGAGAGAGAUGGCGCAAGUAGAAAACUGCGGACGUGGGGUUGCUCAAGGUGCUGGCGCUGACUUCUGCCCCAGCAGGGAGAAGAGGGAGCGGGACUUUCCCCAGCAAUGCCCAGAACAGGGACUGCAGCCUGAGCUUGGCAGCAAGGGUAUUUCACAUCCUUUAACGUGACACCUGCUGGUAAUGAGGGCGAGAAAAUGUCCCUUGGGAAUAGGUGUCUGGGAGCACUGGCAACUGGCUAAGCCAAAAUCUGAAGCCGAGUAAAAGCAAAACAAAAGAGGGGGUGUGGGGGGGAACCCAACCUAGAGUAAAAGAAGGGACAUACACCCUGUGAUCUGUAGAGUUGUGCUUCUCUAAUGACGCAGCUGGUGCUCAUUGCUGCAUCAGCCUUACUUUGCAGUUUUAGUGUGAUGCAGCACUUCCAUUUUGGUAUCAAAAUAACUGAGGAGCCAUGCAGGUUUAGUGUUUUAAAGCUCACAGUUAUGGGUUAAAUCUGAAAAAGGUUUGUAAUGGAUCAGACUGUUUUACUCAAAAACAUCCCAUCUUAUGGAAGGGUUACUUUCCAGCAGGGUAACACUAAUAUGAAACCUGAACAGGAAUUAGCAUAGUCAUAAUAAGUCAUUCUCUACAAAAUACUGUGAUGUGAUAUGAUCAUCACAAGAGUCAAGGCAGAGUCCUGGUAUGAUCUUGACAUGUGACUUUGCCUGUUGAUGCAAGUUUCCCUGCUUGUAAAGUCCUUGGCUUACAGGGAUGUUUUGAGGCUUAAUUUCUAAGAGCUUGUAGUGCAUUGAGAUAACCUGCUGCAAAAUGCUGUGUCAGGUUUUCUUUAUCUCUUUUUUUUUUUUUAAGUCCACUUACCCCAAUAAAACAGGCUGGUACAACAACACAUUGAAACCAACUAAAACAUUUUUUAAAAUUACUGUUUUCCAGGAAUGUUUUUAUCAGCAUUUUGUAGAAGCAAUUCCCUCGUUAAAGUAUUGGUAUUGCUUUAUGAUCAUUUAAUUGAUGUGUGAUUGAGCAAAGAAUCUGCUGUUUACUGCAUUCUGAUUUUUGUGUCAGAUUAAAAUUUUGCAGAAUCCUAAUGUUUUGGGAAGAAACAAAUCGGUGAAACCAAAACAAGUUCCAAAAAAAGUC